GAUCCAGCCAAUUCAAGGCCCAGAAGUAAAAAUUAUUUUAAAAAGAAAAGAAAAGAAAACUAAAUCCCAGUUAAACCCUAGCGAAGAGCAGAGAAACACGAAACCCCACGAUCAAGAUGAGACCUCUCGACGAGAAAGAAACCACCGCCGUCUUCGAGAAGCUAUUCAAAUUCACCGGCAACAACUUGAAGAACAUCGUGGAGAACCCAUCUCACGAAGGACCCGACCCGAAUCCGGGGCGCUAUUGCUUCAGGCUCCAGAAGAACAAGGUCUACUACGUGAGCGAGUCUCUGGUGAAGCGCGCUACCAACAUCUCGAGGGAGAAGUUGGUUUCUUUGGGGACUUGCAUCGGGAAGUUCACUCAUGGUGGCAGCUUCCACUUGACCAUACAGUGCUUGAGUCUGUUGGCUGGGAACGCGAAGCACAAAGUUUGGCUCAAACCCACAUCGGAGAUGUCGUUUCUGUAUGGGAAUCAUGUCUUGAAGGGUGGUUUGGGAAGGAUAACGGAGAGUAUUGCGCCUGGUGAUGGGGUUGUGGUUUUUUCCAUGUCUGAUGUGCCUUUGGGUUUUGGGAUUGCGGCCAAGAGCACGCAAGAUUGUAGAAAGUUGGAUCCUAAUGGGAUUGUGGUGCUGCACCAGGCGGACAUUGGGGAGUAUUUGAGGAUGGAGGAUGAACUUUGAUGAGGUUGUGUAGUUCCCUCCUGGUCUCAAGAAUGCAUUGUGUUGCUGCAUUAACUUUUUUUAUGAGCAAGUUGAGUUUAAGUUAUACAAUAUUGUCUGGGGUUUUGGGGAGGGACAUGGGUAGCUUGUUGGCUUGGCAAUGCGAGUGGUGUUUAUGCCAGUGGGAUUAUUAUGGAAAUGGUAUCACCUUCCUAAAUUUUGUUAAACUUUGUUAGAUCAAAUUAUAUCUAAUUUACAUGAUUUCCCUCAGAUUUUAUUGAAUAUAAAGCAUUGCUGCUC